AUGUUCAAAUCCGCCGUCGUUGUCCUCGCUCUCGUUGCCUGCGCUGCUGCCAAGCCAGGAUUCCUGGGUGCUCCUCUGGCCUACACCGCUCCCUUGGCAUACAGCUCUCCCCUGGCUUACGCUGCUCCUGCUGCUGUUGUGGCUGCUCCUGCUCCAGUGGUGACUGCCACCAGCAGUCAGGUGAUCGCCAGGAACUACAAUGGAAUCGCUGCUGCCCCCGUGAUCGCUCCCGUGGCAACUCCACUGGCUGCUCCAGUUGCUGCUCCCGUGAUUGCCAAGUACGCCGCUGCUCCCUUGGCUGCUCCUUUGGCCUACACAUCUCCGCUGGCCUACAACGCUCUGCCUGCUGUCGGACCCGUUCUGAUAUAA